AUGCCGCAACCACCAGACAUGGGCGCUUUGCGUCUGAACGAUGAUCUAGAUCAGGAAUACGACGACAUGCCUUACGAAGACGAAGAUGUCGACUACGACAUGGACAUCGAUCUCGGCCCAACCCCUUCCAAGCCCAGUGCUCCCCGACCAGAAACAUCAGAGUCGCGUGAGGCUGCUCUGCGCAAAGAGUUGGAAAGUGUGCGACAGAUCAACAAGGUCAUCGAAGAUGUGGUCACCAGUCUGGAAAAAGCAAAGGGCAACAUGGAUAACGUCAAUCGCACUGUGCACUCGGCCUCGACUCUUCUCGACACAUGGACGCGCAUUCUCUCUCAGACCGAACAUAACCAACGACUACUACUCAACCCGAACUGGCAAGGCGCGACUCAAGAUCUUCAGGACAUCGAGAACGAAUCAUUCGUACGCCAACAACAAGCCGAGAGACGUGCUGCCGAAGAGCAAGCCAGAAGAGACGCUGCCCAAAGACGCGCCGAAGAAGAAGAAAGGAAGAAGAAUGCUCCACCACCUGCAGCCCGCGGUUCGAAACUCAGGGGUAGGGUCAGUACGGCUUCCAGUCGCUUGACCAGACAGCCUUCCUCAGCCUCGGGUACAUCGACAUCGACCCCAGGAUACGUGGGUGUCGGUGGUCAAGGUGGUCGGGGAAGGGGCGUCUCAAGAGCUGGCAGUGGUAUUGGCAGAAGUACUGUGAGAGGCACUACUCGAGGUCGUGCUCUCAAAUGA